AAUCUUCCAGUCGCUAUCAGUCGACGUCCUCACUGAACGGACCUCGGGGAGGUGUAUUGUAUUCUUCUGAAAUAAAUGCACGUCGUAUAAACUUAUUGAAAAGUCUAAACUGACAGCUGCAUUGAAUUCACUUCAAUAAUUGCUUUCCUUUAACGAGUGUGUACACUAUAUAAAAUGUGUCUAUAGAAGAGAGUACGUGCUGGAAAAUGUUUACACGGCUCGGUGUGUAAGUGCACAGCCUCAAGAGUUCUACUAACCAGGACUUAAUCAUGGACUCGGAAGACUACCGAACAUCCAAUCAUGAUUUAACAGAGGACACCACGAAGGAAAAUGAAAUGAAGAGACGGACAGACAGACACCUAGUUCGACCGCUGGGUCUAGUGGUGAGAGAGAGCCGAAUGGAACGACAUAUAGAGAAAGCACUGUUUCGAAAUCAAGUGAAACUUCUCAGUGACCUGAUACAGGCGAGGAAAACGCAGAGUGCUCCGCUCCCGGAAAUGACCCCCAGACUGUUCUCCAGUCGCCUCUCGCAUCAUUCCAUCACCAUUGAGGAAAAAUUCAAAUACGUCAACAACGCCCAUCAUGCGCGCUACUUUAACCCGGUGUCACAGACUGUUUUAAAUGCUGCAGACAGAAGACUGGAGAAUUACCCGCUCCGGACUGUUCCCUCCUCCUGCCACCGUCACGCGGAAGUCAGCAAUCGGAUGAAGUCCGCCCACUGUGAUGUCUUUGGUCCAAAAUUCUGCUCUGACUGUUCUCGUAUAAAGAAAAGAGUCAAAAGCGCUCAAGAUCAGAAAUUGUUUUUUCCUAAUAUUUCAAUCCAAUCCAAAGCGCUCGUGGCGCCCGAAAAAACAGAACGGAUUUUGUUACAACACGAGGGGAACUAUUUUUCAAGCCCCUCGGGGGAUUCGACAGUCUACGAUCUGAGUAGUAUAUGUAAAGGGCCAGAUGGAGGCGGACCGCAUGUAUUUCCUGAAAACGAAAUUCUAGACAGGGUCAGAAGUGCUAAAAGACUCCAAGUCCAACAGGAAAUCGAAAGAGCGGAUAAAGAAGUAGCUCCGGUGGCGCCACCUAGUAGCAGGCGGAAUUCUAUCUCCCAGCUAUCACAGUUUCCGCAAAACAGUGACAUGCGCAUAACAGUUUCGUUUGUUGUUUGAGAUGUGUUUAAUUUACAUGUAUAUUUUGUUGAAUAUGUACAUUAUUUUGAUUUUGUUGGUGUGUUGUUUAAUGUACACCCGUUAAAACCAAACCCAUGUUUUAAAUGUUUAUCGCUUGUGACGUCAUGAAGAUUCUCGGGUAUUAGUGAGGAGUUUUGGUUUACUAUAUUACGUUCUAAUCAAGAAUUUUUCACUCAUACAGAAAUGUACCUAACUGAAGGUGAAGAGUCACAAAGUUAGACCUGCGUAUACACAUAACACUCAGGUCCGUGACAUACAGGUUCUGUAUCGUUCCAACGUCUGCCGUGAAACGCGUCAUUCAUUGUUAAGGUUGAGUUCGAAAGGUCGGCGACUUUCACUUGUAACACUGCAUGGGGGAUCGAAUGAACAGUUUCUGCCUUUUUUAUCGAUGCAAGGUGAAGAUAGCGAACAGUGAUCAAUCUCAUAACUCCUAUAAGCAAUACAAAUAUAUAGUUGGGCAGACACGGACCCCUGGACACACCAAAGGUGGGAUCAGGUGCCUAGGAGGAGUAAGCAUCCCAUGUUGACCGGUCACACCCGCCGUGAGUCCUAUAUCCUGAUCAGGUAAACGGAGUUAUCCGCAGUCGAAAUCAGUGUGCCAAGAACGGCUUAACAAUCGGUAUGAAACACGUCAGACAGCAUUUGAUCCAAUGAUAGGUUGUAUUUACGAACUAGAUCGUUAUAACGACCAUAGAAUUUGCGAAAUGCUGACUUCAAUCGAGACUGUUGAUCUUCUACUAAGGCACCUAGCGGUCAUGGCAGCUUAGUAGGUCUAGGAUGCACGUUUUGCUACAGCGAGGCCCAGAUUCGAUUCACUGUCAAUCUGCUUUGUUUCACAAAUGUACGACCAACAAAUAUAUCGAGUUUCGUAUGAACUUUUCCAAUAAAGUCGGGUCACCUGUA